AUGGCGGAUCCUAUGAUGCUAGUCUCAGACCCCGAGAGCAGCGUUCUCCCGCAAUCCGUUCCGCAGGGUGCAAACCCGAGGAAGCGUCCACGUCUUGAAGAAGACACCACACCCGAACUUGUGUUGCUCCCCCAGAUAGAGCCCGCCGACCUGGCCAACAUCCAACAGGAGUCCGUGGAUGGUGAUGUUACGGUCCAGCUGCUCGAUAGCCUUCACGUUCCGGCUGCACUAAAAAUUAUUCGAGCGCUGCAGCGUGCGGACCGCCACCUGCGUGCAAUCGGGGUCUGCCCCACGAAGCAUGCCGCCCAAACAAAGAUGAUGCUGAGUUACGGCCCCGCUGCAGACGAUCAAUAUCAUAAAGUCAGAUUUGACGACGAAGAGGAUUAUGAUUAUGGCAGAAAGACCGCAGAGCAGGAGAAAGCCAAUGCGGCACGGAUCAAACGAAACCAGGAACUUUUCGGGAAGCUGGAAAGUGUCGCCGAUGCAAAUUCGAGGAACCACGCGUGCGGCUACUUGGACAAGCCAUUCAACCUGCGCAUCAGUCGACCAGGAUGCGAGUUCGACGGACCUAUCACGCCUAGCCGCACCAACCUGAAGAGCUUCCGGCUCAAGGGCUUGCAGGACAUGGACACGCGCGACGCUGUGCACAAGCGACUCAAAGGAUGGUACAAGAAAGCAGUGGCUUCCGGCUAUGGCGAUGUUCGUGAGCAGGUGACCAAGACCGACAAGAGCGUUCGUACCGCUCGCGAAAUCAACACCUCCGAGUUCGCGGUGGAAGACGAGCUGCUCCGACGGGUCGAGGAUAUCUGGAAAGAGCAGUUCGUGCCCGGCUGCGACGUGCGUGCCGAGCCCUAUAAGAUACACCUCUACGGUCCGGGUGGCCACUUCAAAGAGCACCGCGACACCCCGCAGAAGGACUUGAUGGGCACAUUCCUAGUCGGCCUUGGCGAUACAGCGGACUCUGGUAGCCUCGUAAUCGACGGCAAGGAUAUGGAGGCGCGUCCGGGGUCGUGGUGCGCAUUCUAUCCCGACGUGCUGCACUCCGUGACAAAAGUAUCCGGCGGCUAUCGUGGAGUGAUCGCCUUCAAGAUCUUCCGGACUUCCAGUGCUACGGGGUCGGGCGAUGGCGAAACACAGAAGGCGGCGGAGGUGCGUCGACGGGUCGAAGAGAUCGUGUCGCAUAUGGAAGCUCCGUAUGGGGUGCUCCUUGAACACAAGUACUGCCUCGGCACGGACGAGUUCAGCGGCUUCGACAGGCUCCUUGUCAAUACGGUGCGCGCCCUAUCCGCAGACAAGUUCGACGUCCACCACCUCCCCGUCGCGGUGAGUGCACGGUCCAUGUGGGGGUCGGAGAGCACGGCCGAUCGCUACGAAGACUACGCUAUCUGCUGUGUCACGCGUGUUUACCCGUUUACGAGCGGUCACAUCGAGUUCCUCAACACCGGCGUGGACGAAGAAUCGGGGAGCACCGUCGACCACAAGGCCUGUGGAUGUGCGUGGUUGGACGGCGUGACGGACGUCCAAUUCUAUGCUGUGGACCUUUCGCAGCGGACCAUGUUUCCCUUCAAGCACGAGCAGCAUGAGACAUGCAACCACGUCGGGAACGAGGCGCAGGCUUGGCGAGAAGACAGUGUGUACCUAUCAUAUGCGCUGGUGGUGUUGCCCAAGACCACUGCAAAGGAAAACGGGGAAGAGGAGGAAAAGGUUGGAGAAGGAUCGGAAGACGAUGAAGAAUCGGAAUUCGAACAGGGCGGAGAAGAAGCGUGGGAUUCCGAAGGAUCAGAUUAUGAAGUGGACGGAGAAGAAGAGGAGGAUUCGGAAGAGGAUGAGUCGGGAGAGGAGGAGGGAGAGGAGUAA